AAUAAUUUUAGUAGGGAGUAAUUGGUUAUGGGUGGGGCGAGUGCCAAAAAGGAUGGCCCCAUCAUCACUUUUCCCACGUAAAAACAGAGCGGCCCGGCGACACCAACGCUGAAAGAAUCUCAUGACUUCCCACACACUGCACCACCAUAUACUCCUUCCUCUCUCUACAUUCUAGACAUAGAGAGAGAGAGAUUGAUUCAGAAGUAGAGAACAAAGAGAGCAUUUUUUCUCCGGCCGGAACAGGGAUAGAAGGGACAGUGUCUGUGUUUAAGUGGUGGGUGGCCGAGGAUGAAGCUCGCCGGGAACUCUGCCGCCGCAGAAUGUAGAGCUCGCGGCAUCAAUGGUGUCGGCAGCGGCGGAGCAGUGGUGGUGGUGGGCGUGAAAAUGGAUUCCCGGAGCAAAGAGCUCCUCACUUGGGCUUUGGUCAAGGUCGCCCAGACCGGAGACCGAAUCGUCGCUCUUCACGUUCUUGAUUCCGACACCGUGACAGAUAAAACGGAGAUGCUCAGAUUGGUUAAGACCUUUGAUUCUGUGCUGGCAGCUUAUGAAGGUUUCUGCAACUUGAAGCAGGUUGAUCUGAAGCUCAGGGUGUGCAGAGGGUCGCCACCUCGUAAGAUCAUUGCUCGCGAGGCAGAAAGCUGUGGAGCAACUGUUCUGAUUCUGGGUACUUCCGGGACCCACCAUGCCGCCAGGUCAUCUGUUUCGGUGGCGAGGUAUUGUGCCAGGAAUGUUGACAAGAACAUCUCAGUUGUGGCUGUGAAUAACGGCAAGGUCACGUUUCGGCGUGAGAUGAGUGUGUCUGUAAGUCAUGAGUCUUGUACUCCGGGCAUGCCCCAAUCAAGAUUUAGGAAGAGGAAGGCACUGCCCAAAGGCCCUUCGGGCAGCAGUUCUUUGGCUCUGGUGCCCGUGAAAAUUGUGAACGUGCACGAAUCGAAGUCGCAGUGGACAUUCCUUAGAAGGGUUUUUCUUCAGAGCCAUAAAGAAUCUGGAAAUUCUUCCCCGAACAAGUUCUCUGUUGUGCAAUGGGUUCUUAGACUACGAAGACAUUCUGAUGAAAAACAACUUGGGUUGAAUGAAAAGAAUGGAGAAAUCGUCCCUGCCCCGAUCCAUUCCACAUCUGUUAUUCAUAAAGAACUGGAGGGUCUUUCUGCAAAGUAUUCUUCCAUUUGCAGAUUGUUUAGAUACCAAGAACUUCUGUCUGCAACGUCUAAUUUCACGCCUGAGAAUUUACUUGGGAAAGGCGGGAGCAGUAAAGUUUAUAAAGGGUGCCUUCCUGAUGGGAAGGAACUGGCAGUGAAAAUUCUGAAGCCAUGUGAAGGUUCAGAGAAGCAAUUCUGCUCAGAAAUAGAGAUUCUUACAGCUUUACACCACGAGAACAUAAUUUCACUUUUCGGGUUCUGUUUUGAAGAAAACAAUCUUCUGUUAGUGUAUGAUCUCUUGUCCAGAGGAAGCCUUGAAGACAAUCUCCAUGGUACACGAAAUGUAGGGGAUUUGUUUGGCUGGCAGGAAAGGUACAAGGUUGCCUUAGGGGUCGCCAAGGCAUUGGACCAUUUGCACAAUACAGCUUAUGUACCUGUCAUUCACCGGGACGUGAAGUCCUCAAAUAUUCUUCUUUCAAAUGAUUUUGAGCCAAAGCUCUCUGAUUUUGGACUUGCAACAUCUACUUCAUGCCCAUCAAGCAUAUUGGAUGGCAUUGAUGUUGCCGGGACAUUUGGAUAUUUGGCUCCAGAAUAUUUCAUGCAUGGAAAAUUAAAUGAAAAAAUAGACGUGUAUGCAUUAGGGGUCGUCAUGCUUGAACUUUUGUCGGGCAGAAAGCCAAUUGAUAGUGCACAUUCAGAAGGCCAAGGAAGCCUGGUCCUCUGGGCAAAACAAAUAUUGAGGAACGGGAAGAGUGUCGAAUUGCUAGAUACGAGGUUGCUAAAUGGAUAUAACCACGAUGAGUUUGACAGAAUGAUUUUAGCUGCAACACUUUGCAUCCGAAGGGAACCUAAAUUUCGUCCCAAAAUUGACACGGUUGUAAGACUUCUGCGGGGCGAACCAGAGGCAAUUCAAUGGGCAAGACAGCAGAAGCUGAAGAGUGCAGAUGAAGGGGAUGAAGUUGGGGAUGAACAGCCUGCAACAGCAAGAAUCCAAUCUUUUAUCAAUCUCGCGCUGUUAGAUUUGGAGGACGAUUCACUCUCAAUCAGCAGCGCUAGCAACUCAAUAUCUGUGGAUGAUUAUCUGCAGGGAAGAUGGAGCCGAUCGUCAAGCUUUGAUUAGACGUUUCUUGUCAAUAUACUUUGUAGAUAAUAAAAACGAACUUUGUUUUCUCCAUUUUUUUCGUCACCCCAUUGGUCUUGUUGGAUGAGAGGUAAGCAAGCAAAUGGCCUCCUCCCGGCUAAUUUCAUGUUUUGGACACCUUUGUAGUCUUUCAUUUGGAUACUAAAUCAGUAAAUCCUGUGAAGUGUAUAUGAUGUUUCAACUUUGUCUUAGAAUGGUGUAACUUUAGCACUGAUACACUUCCAUUUCAAUCUCAUCACACCAAAUGUGACAUCAAAAGGAGUGUUCCCUUUUUCUAUUAAGCAAAUAUAUUUAGAAUCUUGAG